AUGUCUUCCAUAGCUUCGACAUCGCGCAGUCGCGAUCAACCCCUUCAACCGCUGUCUGAUUCUGUUGCUAUCCGGUCGGAACUUAUUGCCUUGGAAGAGACUGACCUUCGUCUAUACCCUAAGUCUAGCAGAAAGUCACCAGCCGAAUACACUAUUAAAGACGUGUUCACAGGCUCAACGGUGUUUUCAGUGACAGGACGAAAGUAUGGAUCCAGUCCAGGGCGCGAGUUCCGUGACUCGAGCGGCCUCCCGCUGUUUGAACUUCGUCGGGCUGGAUUCUUUAUAAGGCCCUGGAAAGUCCGAUUACCUGGCGACGAUAGCAAAGAUCUGGCAUCGAUAUAUAUGCAGGGUCCUUCAAAGAAAAUCAUCCUAGACAUUACGCAAAAUCAAGACUCUACAGCUGACGAAGCUAAGAGAGUGGAGGGGGAGAAGAAGGUCACCUUGAGGGUUUUUCGAAAAUCGGCUCUUUACACGUUUGAUGUCUUGGCUGGCGAUCAAAAGGUCGCCCAUAUUCAGGAGAACCCGGAGAUAAAUCGCUCUCUGGGCCACUGGAUGUCCAGCCCAUAUGAUUACGUUCCGCCCAGACGUGCCCUAGAUAUUCGAUUGGCAGAGGGAUUGGAUGCGUCAAUCGCAGCGCUGAUUGGAGUGUUUAUAUCAGACAUGUUUUUUGGAAAUGAUGUUGAGGCCUAG